GAAGUCCCGCGGCCGCCGCGCGCAGGGCGGAGACGGCCCAGCCAUGGACCUGGGGCUCGCGGGCCGCCGGGCGCUGGUCACUGGGGCGGGCAAAGGCAUCGGGCGCGCCACGGUGCAGGCGCUGCACGCGGCGGGCGCGCGGGUGGUGGCCGUGAGCCGGACCCAGGCCGACCUGGACAGCCUCGUCCGCGAGUGCCCAGGGGUGGAGCCCGUGUGCGUGGACCUGGGCAACUGGGAGGCCACGGAGCGGGCGCUGAGCAGUGUGGGUCCGGUGGACUUGCUGGUAAACAAUGCCGGUGUGGCCCUGCUUCAGCCCUUCCUGGAGGUCACCAAGGAGGCCUGUGACACGUCCUUUGAUGUUAACCUUCGGGCUGUCAUCCAGGUGUCCCAGAUCAUGGCCAAAGGUUUAAUUGCUCGGGGAGCCCCAGGGGCCAUCGUGAAUGUCUCCAGCCAGGCCUCCCAGCGUGCGGUGACUAACCACAGUGUAUACUGUUCCACCAAGGGUGCCCUGGACAUGCUGACCAAGGUGAUGGCCCUAGAGCUCGGGCCCCACAAGAUCCGUGUGAAUGCAGUGAACCCCACAGUGGUGAUGACACCCAUGGGCAAGGCCAACUGGAGUGACCCCCACAAGGCCAAGACCAUGCUGGACCGAAUCCCACUUGGCAGGUUUGCUGAUGUGGAGAACGUGGUGGAUGCCAUCCUCUUCCUGCUGAGUGACCGAAGCAGCAUGACCACAGGCUCCACUUUGCCUGUGGACGGGGGCUUCCUGGCCACCUGAGCCCCCUCCCACACACACCUCAGCCCCAUGCUAAGCCCGCCCCUGUCCUCCAUCCCUCCAAUAAACUUGAUUCUCCUGCCCA